CAACUACUGAGUACAGAGCAGGCCCAUAUGCUUCCCGGAUAAAGUAAUGUGCAGUGUAAACCCGUCGCGAACGAGCUACCUGAAAAACAGUGGCAUCUCGGUGACUAGAGAGAAGAAAAGUUGAGCACCAAAGAGGAAGCAUGAAUACUGACAUAACGGCGUCAGCAAAGCCCGAGUACCCGGUGAUUGAUCGGAACCCUCCCUUCACGAAGACGGUGGCGAAUUUCAACACCCUCGACUACCUCCGCCUCUCCACCAUUACCGGCGUUUCCGUCGUCGUCGGGUAUCUCUCAGGGAUUAAGCCCGGGAUUAAGGGGCCGUCGAUGGUGACUGGUGGCCUGAUUGGUGUGAUGGGAGGAUUUAUGUACGCUUACCAGAAAUCUGCCGGCAGGCUCAUGGGUUUUUUCCCAAAUGAAGGUGAGGUUGCUAAGUACAAGAAAUGAAAUUUACCAAGGGUUUCUGCCCUUGUGCCUUUUGUAUUUGUGGUGGUUUCUGCUGUGAAAGAAAAAUCUCCCUGCCGAUUACUUUUGUUCUGUGCUGCUGUAAGAGUUUAAUCUGAACAAGUUACUUGCGAUUUUCAAUAAUUAAGAGUUGGUUUGCACUUGCUGGAACUCAGAGUAACCUGUCCAGUUUCUGCUGCUUAAUGUGACUUGUAUUUGCAAUUAAUGCUUGUUAUCAGCAUCUUUGUGAUAUCUCAUGUAUUCAAAUGUCAUCCUGUGGGAGUCUUGAUGCACUUUUUUUAGUCUUUCUCCGAAGUUGUGCUAAUCUGUCCAGAACAUUAAGACAACUUUUCAUAGUCCCAUAUUAUGGAUGAGGAUCUUCGCAAUUUUGAUUUUGAAGCUUGUACUGGUCAUACAAAUAUUGCUCUUUGGCGUCUAUCUGCUAGAAUGCAUGGUUCUGAAGUGUGGUUGAUCAUUUUAUUUACUUGUUGUGUAUAUGAAAGCUAAUUGGGUUUGGAUAAGGUGAACACGAAAUUUACAAGGUUAGCUUGCUAUACUUAUGAUGUUUCCCCAUUUUCUGUCAUCUUAUGAUAGUGAACUAAAAGUUUGCAAGCAAGGCUAUGUGUGCUUCCCUUACGUUCUUAAAUUUAUAUUUCUAACACCAGUGUCCAGUGCUAUAUCCACGUUUAUAACUUGUUUCUGG